CCCCGAACCUGUGGUGCCUGAUGACCAUGGGCGUGACAAUGUCUCUAGCAAGCCUCUGAACCACCGUGACCUACGGCCAGACCUCCAUCAAGAAGUGGUUUUCCAAACACCUGCUCCGUCACCAAUGCAGACCCAGCCGUCCGCCCGCACCACCCACAACCUCACCCUCAGCUGCCUCUUCGACCUCGAUCACUCACGAUCGUCGUCUCCGUCCUCUUCCUCGCCGCUGAUAUCGAGCAGCAAGUGGCUGACGUCAUCAAGGCGGAGGUUUCAGUUCGGAUUACCUCGUGAAAUUUUCUCCUCAAUUAGUGAAUCCAAACCAAUUGUAGAUGGUUUUAAUCCAUUUGGAAACUUAAGUACCACUUACAACAUGUGGCCAGAAAAUGGGUUCUCUCAUGAUAUUCCAAAUACAGUCCAUAGAAGUAAAGCCGAUUGUCCUGUACCUGAGGAAAUGGUCACUGUCAGCAUUGAUGGUUCAGUUCAAGAUCGAAUAGCUAAAAUCAUGUCGUAUCUUUGCCUUGGUUCGUUAGGGAAAGUUCUGAAAAAGAAGAAGAGAAAAAAGAUGCAAAAGGUCAAUCAUG